UCUCUCCCACUGGUCUUAGACAGACCUCUUCUUAUCUUACCUAUGGCCCCCAAUUUUAAUUUUUCAAUCUUCGAGAGAGAAACCACAGUUUUAGAGAGAGAGAGGGUGGUGCCGCUUGGUGGUAUAUCUUGUGUAAUUGUGUGUGUACAUUAUAUAGAGCGAGAAAUAGGGCAAAACAAACAAUUGUAAAGGCAGUGGUGGAGCAAUGGAAACGAGUUCGACUCAGUCGCUUACAUUCUACGAUUUUCUUGACAGAAUGCGAAACCCUACUUCUCUUGAUCUCGUUCGAUCAAUCAAAAGCUUCAUAGUAUCUUUUUCAUUUCACAUGGCAAAUCCCGAGAAUGAUGGCAAAAGGUUGCAAGAUUUCCUCUUGACAAUGGAAGUUGCUAUUAGGGACCAUCCAUUGUGGGAUGGGGCAACAGAGGAAGAAAUUGACUGUGCUAUUGAGAUAUUUCCUUUUGAGUUGAUAGCAGUAAUAAAUGUUUUGCGCUCGCGUGGAAGGAGGACAUGUAACAAUGGUUUGGAGAAGUAUGUCAUGACAAAGUUGUUCUCUCGUACGUUUGCUUCUUUUCCAGAGGAUGCCAAGAUUGACCUGGAAAUUUCUGAGAAGAUACGCUUAUUGCAAAACUUUUUGAAGCCUGAGCAUUUGGAUAUUCCAGUAGUUCUUCAUAAUGAAGCUUCGUGGCUGCUCGCAGAGAAAGAAUUGCAGAAAAUCAACGCUUUCAAAAAUCCCCGUGAGAAGCUUCUAUGUGUUCUGAAUUGUUGCAGAGUCAUCAAUAAUUUGCUGCUUAAUGCGUCAAUGUCAGAAAAUCGUGUAUCUGGAGCUGAUGAUUUUCUUCCUAUACUUGUAUAUGUUACCAUCAAGGCUAAUCCUCCUCAGUUGCAUUCCAACCUCAUGUUCAUUCAAUUGUAUCGAAGGCAGGCAAAACUUGUCUCAGAAGAGGCUUAUUAUUUCACAAGCCUUGUCUCUGCCAAGACAUUUAUCCUUGACUUAGAUGCCAAGUCUAUUUCUAUGAAUGAAACUGAAUUCCAGGAAAGCAUGCAAGCUGCUGGAUUAGUCUCUAGAGGGAUACGAAUAGAACCCCCUUCUGCAUGGGACGAGAUAGCAGCUAUGCCAGUUCUUUCAACAAGAAUAUUUAAUAAAAUGACACAAACAGAAUCCUCAACCGCAUUGGAUAAGAUUGCAGCCUUCAUGAGGCAGACAGCUCCUGGCCCUUCUACUGGGAUACAUGAUAACAAAACCGAAAUAAGUGGUGAAUUGAACUAUCCUUUUAUCGAAGCAGAGGCUGGUGAACUGACAGUUGGAGAUGUGGAAAGAUUGCUAAGUUUGUAUAAGGAUGUAGUAAAGAAGUAUACAGGCCUGUGCAAGGUCAUUGGACACUUUUCUAAGUCCCCUCUAACUCAUUUUGAGGAAACUAAUGUCCUACAAGCACAGCCUGAGGAAAAAAUGAAAUAAAUUACAAGACAAUGGAAUGAAGAAGAGCUACAACAAUUUGCCACAACAAAAAUGUCGCUAGCUGUAUCUGUAUCGAUAUGAAAACCAAACCAAGGCACAAAUCUGGGCGUAUGAUGCACAAUCCUUCUUUGAUUUCUCAUUUAAGUUUAUAUACAAUACAAAACUAUACAUUUAUAGGAAA